ACCCAUGUUUUUAAAACACUUUUAUUGAACGCUACUGAAAAGUCUAAUACUGACAAACAGAUUCUUGACCAUCCCAGAAUCGCGCGCCUUUAAAAGGCCCAAUGCUUCUGUUGUUGGUGCCAUGCUUAUCGUCUGCUAAAAACCAGCACGAACAGCUUCAUAAUAAUCCCAUAGAGGCAAAGGUUAAAACUUCGUCCUUGAGGGGUAAGAAAAAGGCUACAAUGUUGAGGUUUGAGAAGUUCCCAUGGAUAAGUCAAGAGUUGCAGAAGAUAAUGGAUACAAAUAUGCAAGAGGUUGGGGCCCGAAGGCUUGCUCGCGAGGCCUUCAAGGAUAUUCAACUUUCAAUUGAUCAUAUUUUGUUCAAGAUCCCAAGUGAUGGCUUGACGAUGAAGGAGUCAUAUGAGGUGAACUCUAAAGGAUUGGAAUAUUUCUCGAAGAGUUGGGUGCCACAGACCAGUCCUCCCAAGGCAGUGGUUUGUUAUUGUCAUGGUUAUGGAGACACUUGCACCUUUUUCUUUGAAGGAGUUGCUAGAAAGUUAGCCUCCUCCGGCUAUGCAGUUUUUGCUAUGGAUUAUCCUGGAUUUGGACUUUCCGAGGGUCUUCAUGGUUAUAUCCCAAGCUUUGACGGGCUAGUUGAUGAUGUGAUUGAGCAUUUCUCAAAAGUUAAAGAAAAUCCAGAUUUCCGUGGUCUGCCAAGCUUCCUGUUUGGACAAUCUAUGGGAGGAGCUGUAGCUCUGAAGACUCACCUCAAACAGCCUAAUUCAUGGAAUGGAGCUGUUCUUCUUGCACCGAUGUGCAAGAUUGCAGAUGAAAUGCUUCCGCCAUGGGUACUCACCCAAGUUCUUAUUGGAGCGGCGAAACUUCUUCCAACACGGCAGCUAGUUCCACAAAAGGAUUUAGUUCACUUAGCAAUCAGAGACGUCAAGAAAAGGAAUUUGCUUGCGUGCAACAUGAUUGCUUACAAGCAUAAACCAAGGCUACGAACUGCCGUAGAGUUACUGAACACCACCCAGGAAAUAGGACAACAACUGGAGAAUGUUUCUCUGCCAUUAUUGGUCCUCCACGGCAAGGCUGAUGGGGUAACAGAUCCAUCAGUUAGCAAGGAAUUAUAUGAGAAGGCAAGCAGUGCAGACAAGGAACUGAUUCUCUAUGACGAUGCUUAUCAUGCCCUUCUUGAAGGCGAGCCAGAUGAGGUGAUCCUUGGAGUGCUUGGUGACAUCGUUUCUUGGCUUGAUGCACAUAGUCCCUGAAGCCAAAGCCCGUCGCCAGCGCCUGCAAUCUGUGCAGGCCGUACAUUCUUUCUUUAAGACGGGAAUUGGAGGAGAGGAAAUGACUGUCAUGGUGUACAAUCGAACAGGCUCGUUCCAAUGGAAUGGCCACACCAAUUGUUUAAUAUGUUGAAUAAUCAGUUUAAUUCAUUAUUUAAGAUGUCGUAAUUGAGAAAUCCUGAAUGAUAUCCUGCCUGGAGUGGGACGAGAUGUUGACUCCACCGAGCUUUCCAA